AUUUCUUCCUGGUACGCUACCCAUGAAGGUCACUCACACUUAUCAGAAAUACAAUCCAAAGGCUGCGUAUGGGAUAAUUGCUAGCGACUUCACUAAAGUUAGCUAUGUUUCUAAUAAGAGCUGUAAGUCGGGUGAACUCUGUCUAUGUGGAGCCGGUGAAUCAGCAAUUAUAUGGAAACCACGUACAUCAGAAAAAAUUCAUACUUUUACAAGAGAUAUAGGAUGCCAUCCUAUUUCAUGUCUCAAGGCGUCUGAUAUUUCAAGUCUGGAUCCGCGAGUGGCUAUAGGUUACUCAGAUGGACUUGUUAAUAUCUUCAAUAUGAAUACUGGUGAUAUUGAGGCUCAUUUUCGUGCUGGUCGUUCAAGAGUCACAUCUAUGGACUUGAAAAACGAUUUGCUUGUCUGCGCUGCGGUAAUAAGUGCUUUUUUGUCCUAUUUUUAGGAUUCUGAAAUAAAUGUUUAUGACAUUAUUUCUGGGUCCGGUACUAGAAUGAAGGGACACCACGGUAUCAUUACUCAAAUGGAAAUAUUGAUUGAAAGGAAAAUAUUAAUUUCGAGUGCACAGGAUAGUUUUAUAAAAUUUUGGGACCUGAAAACUCAACACUGCUUUGCGACUUUGACAGGACAUCCAGGACCGGUAUGGGAUUUCGCGCUCACUCGUUGUGAUGGAUUGCUUGUUAGCGGAACUAAUGAUCAAAGCCUUCGAGUUUGGCAGAUAAAAUAUAUAAGUGAAAAUGAUUCGCUUGCGGCACAUAUCGACAAAACCACUUCAACUUUCAAUGAAACAUUAACUCCCUUAAGUGAACCUCAGUCUCAAAUCGCCAUACAAUUUUCGGGUUGUGUCCAACGUUCAGGAGUUCGCCGAGUUCACUGUCUGGUUUUCGAUCCUACUGGAACUUACUUAUUGUGUCAGUCUUUCGAUCGAAAUGUGGAAAUAUUUCGACUCUUGGAUGAGGAGGAAAAAGCUAAAAGAUUACGUAAAAAGACCAAGAAAGCUAAAGCAAAAGGCUUGGAUUUAUCUACUGUGGUUCUAGAAGCAGAAGAUGAACUGCGUUCUAUCUUGAGAGUUAAUCUGUCAGCCAAGCCUGCUAGUUGUGACAUUUUGGCCCCGCGUUUAAUCAGUGAACAUGAAUCUCAGAAGCAUCUUGUUCGUAUUAUCUGCUCCCUUAAGAAUAAUAUGUUGGAAGAAUUACAACUGGUAGUUCCUUUAUCUCCAUUUAAGUUACAAACCCUACAACCGACGCCAACACACACGAAGAAAUGUCCAAAUGCCCGCUUAUUAAAUACUAUUUCUAUUUUCGGACACAGAAGUCCGAUAAUCGCUUGCAAUUUUACUAGUGAUAACCUUGGAGUUUUCACAUUAUCCCAAACGGAAGCAAAACUGUGGAGUAGACGUUCAACAGCAUGUCUAGCUACGUUAGAAUGGAAGAAUCAUUCAAACAGCAAGCAUAAUAAUCCAGAUGAACCAUCCUCAAACAAUCCAUUACCUAAUAAGGCAUCUUCAAUGGUACUUGCUCCAGGUGAUCGUCAUGUAGUCAUCGGAUAUGAGACUGGUCAAUUAAUUUUAUUCGACUUGACUUCGAAAUCAGUAGUUCAGAUUAUCGAUAAAGCUCAUACUGGUGCUGUAAGAAGUAUUGCUGUAACCGGAGAUAAGAAAAAGAUUAUAUCCGGUGGAUCUGACAAACAAGUGAGGUUCUACGAUUUUAGUUUAAAAGCUUCUGAUAAUGGCAAACCACAUCUCUUUCUUGUGGAAAGCUGUCCUUCAAAAACUGUCUCUGACCAAAUUAGUUGUUCAGCUGUUUCACCAAAUAAUCGACUAGUGGUUGUUGCUUUGAUGAAUUUUCAUGUGGAUGUAUUUUUCACUGAUUCUUUCAAGCGAAUACAUUCACUUUAUGGUCAUUCUGCUCCAGUAACCAGUUUGGAUAUUUCUUCUGACAGUCGUUUAAUUAUAACAGGCAGUAUCGAUAAAACAGUUCGUUUAUGGGAAUUACAGUUUGGUAAUUGUCAGAGACGAUUUACCUCACAUUCAGAACCUAUCACUUGUGUUCGAUUCAUUCCACAUACUUCGCUGGCUGUCUCUUCCGAUAAAGGUGGUCAGAUUAAACAGUGGGAUAUUAAGAAGUUCCGUGAAAUUACUACCCUUAAGGGUCAUAACGGUAGCGUGACUUCUUUAGCUACAACGAUUACUAACACAGCUCUUUUGACCCAAAAGAAAACACCUAAAUUGGAAACAGCACGCAAAUCACAUGCACGGAACAACCAAGACGAAGGAAGCAAUGAUGAUGAUAUGGAUGAACUAUGGGGAGGUCUUAUUUUAUCUACUGGUCAAGAUUUCAGCAUAAGAAUAUGGGAGGAAGCUGAUGAACUUCUGAUUUUAGAAGAAGAGGAACAAAUUGCGCGAGAACAGGAGGAGGAGGAAGAAUUGGUUCGGUCAGAAGCAGUGAUUCCUGGAGCGAUGCCUUCAGAAGCUAGUGAAAUUGGUCCUUUAGGCCGACCAACCGGUAAUACAAGAGAUGCUGCUGAUAUGUUUAUGGAAGCAAUGGACAUUUAUGAAGAAGAGAUAGUCAAACGUAAAAAUGGAGCUAAAAACACAACACCACAUCCUCUAAUGGUUGCACGUGGAACAAAUUGUCCAGAGAAAUUUCUACUCAAAAGUUUAAUGGCUCUAAGAGCACCGUAUUCUCGUUUAGGUGGUGGUGGAGCAGGUUUAGAACAUGCACUGGGCGCUUUAACUAGUGAACAUGUUCGCCGUCUACUUCCUAAGUUAGCGAAUUGGUUAUCACGUGGUUGGGAAAUAGAACUUGUUGGACGUUCAAUUCGUCAUCUAGUAACUCUACAUUUUGGUCUUGCAAUAUCAUGUUCCGAGCUACGUGACGCAAUCCGUCAGUCAUCUAAGGCUAGGAUGGAACAAUUAGUCCGUGCAAAAAAUCUUAUCGGUAUGAAUUUAGCCGGUUUAGAAUGUUUAGCUAGAAAACUAGAAGAGAAUCAACAAAUCGAUCUAUUCGAUGAAUUAAUAACAACACGAGAUAAACGAAUCAAAAAACACAAAGCUAAACAAGCUCGUUUAAUGCCGUUACUUCCCGAUUAAUUUUGUAUGUCAUGGAGAGUACAUUUUCAUAUAUAUAUUUGUAAAUAAAAUAUAAAUAUUGUACUGUAA